AUGGCAGCAUUCACAGGAACUUUGGAUAAAUGCAAGGCCUGUGAUAAAACUGUUUAUUUUGUUGAUUUGUUGUCUGCAGAUGGAGCAACAUAUCACAAAUCCUGCUUCAAAUGCAGCCACUGCAAAGGGACACUUGUGAUGAGCAAUUAUUCAUCCAUGGAUGGAGUCCUCUACUGCAAGCCUCAUUUUGAACAACUUUUUAAGGAAUCCGGGAAUUUUAGCAAGAAUUUCCAAACCUCAAAGCAAGAGAAGGAGAAUGCUUUGACAAGGGUACCAAGCAAGGUUUCUGCCAUGUUCUCUGGAACACAAGAUAAAUGUUCUGCCUGUAACAAAACUGUUUACCCACUCGAGAAGAUGACAAUGGAGGGAGGAUCAUACCACAAAUCCUGCUUCAAGUGUGCACAUGGUGGCUGCCCUCUUACACACUCAUCAUAUGCUGCUCUUGAUGGAAUUCUAUACUGCAAGCACCAUUUUCAGCAGCUGUUCAUGGAGAAGGGAAAUUACCAGCAUGUAAUCAAUUCUGCUGCGCAUAAAAGGAGUGCUACAUCCGAGGAGUUGGACCUCGAGGUCGAGAAGGAGAAGUCGGAGGAAGGGGCAGGACAUGAACCUGAAGAACCUGAACCUGAAGAACCUGAACAUGAGAAGACACAAGAACAAUCUUAA